AUGGAAUCUCAGGACGGAAUCACCGUCCGACCGAUGAGGUUAAAGGUCUUGUACACGUUUGACAACGAGAACAAGACCAAUUGCCUUGCUCGGUGGCCCCAUGUGCUCGAUCUUCAGACUGCCUAUCUGGACGAGCAAACUCAGAUCGGUGUGAUCGAGUUGAAAACAUGUAUUCAGGCAAUUGUUUCUGCCAGUCCUGAAUUGGUGGCACAGCUGGGAAAGGACUACACAGUCUACGCCUACGAUUACUCCGAAUAUGAGACUCCUUUGGUAGGACAGGGAAUGUUAUCAUGGGUCCUCGCAUCUGCGUCGCCAACACCAGAUGCUCCUGCUCACCAGUCCAAGACGAUGGUGACGGGUCGAGUGUGCAAGAAUCCUAUGGGUCUUUUUUCAAAAGGCGCCCAGGAGACAUUGGAAGUCAAACUGCGUCUGGUCCCUGUCCCUACAGUGAUGCAAAGUCAAUACCUCGACAGUAUGCAAAAGUACCGCGAAUUGAGCAAUGUAAUUCCCCACGAUUUUGAUGCUCAGUCAUGGACGAAUUUCCUCCGGCAAAAUCCGGCUCUUUUGGAAGCCGCUCGGAACCAGCAACAAGGUCGUGUGACUUCGCCAAUGGAUCAGUCGGGCAUCGAAAGAGUCCACCAACUCUUGAGUGAGAGCGCCACGCCGCGGGAUUACUCGAAUUAUCCAACCAACGAGUCCGUUCGGUCGUCAUCACCAACCCAUUCCUUUGGCCCUCCUAGCCGAAUGUCUACCCCAGCGGGAACUCGUACUCCUACACAGCAUCAACAGCCUCUUCAGCCGAAGCAGAGCUUUUCUUACAGUGAUAGCAUCCGCCCUUCAUCUAGUGCUUCUAUGCAGGACAGCGACUUUCAACUCCAGCAAUUUGGUAUCCCUUCAAGAAGAGAUUCGAUCCACUCAGGGUAUGGUAGUGGAGGUGAAGAGGUUAUGGAACCCCAGCAACGGAAGAGGGCCAAGCUCUACCAAGCAGGAUGGCCAGGCAAGUCUGAUAUGAACAUUGAAAGACAGCCUAGCUCCCUCCGAGUGGCUGCGAGCACUGCCGCCUCUGUACGAAUCCACCGCCCAACACCUGUGAAUCCCGCUCUUUCUGUAGAGCAAUCUCACGAGGAACCUGUUCGCCCUCCAACUCCAAUCUCCCGACCUGGGGAUUUCCAACGCCGAACACGACUGCCAUCCAGCCUGUUGCGCGAAAGCUCCACGCAUAGCAAUAGCUCAUACACAUCUCCUUACGCUCAUAGCGAUGAUUUCGCCACGGACCAGACAGCCAAUUCGCCAGAAGACCGGUACCAGGGUUUGUUUGAGCCUCCUUUCAACAUGCCUUCUUCGCCUCCUGUUCUAGAGUCUCGGUUCCCAUCCCGAUCUAGUCCCAACUUGCCUCCCAUCUCCCUGGACACCGACUCUGGAUUCAUGAGUGGCGGACUGGAUGAUCUCAUGGAGGAGGGAGCAGGAACUCCCGUGGAAGAUGCUCAGAGGGCCGAUUCCCGGCCUGUAACUGGCGAGAAGCGCUCUCGGUCAGUUCGGUCUGCAGUGCAGGCCACUUCUCCCGCGAGUGCCAUCGGUCUGUUGUCAGAGGGUCUGAAUGAUCCCAUGCUAAUGAGCGAUGGCCCAGUGGAGCCAAGGUCUAAUCAAGCACAUCCUCCACGUCCAAACACAUCAGCUGGCUCUAGACCAUCUUCGCGCAUGAGCUGCCGCCCGACACCUAAACCGCUAGCACCCGCACCCAUGUCACAAAGCGAAUUGGAACAGUUUCGGAGGGCUAACCCCGCAAGUGACCCAGUCGCUCCCGUUCAACCGCCUGCUCAGUACUUCCAGAGCAGUGCGGGACCCAUGAGUGAUUUUUCCAUCGUCGAGACGCCUGCGCCCCAACCUGAGUAUUCUCGAAGGCCCCCUCGCAGCGGAGGUGCAGCGAAGAGGGCGAUGCAAGUGCAGGCUCGGCUCGACGCGGCCAUUGCAAGUGGUGUGGUUCCGCCCUACUGUGAAAAUUGUGGGACUAUCGAAACACCUACAUGGAGGCGAGCAUGGACGAAAGACAUUACUGGCAGUGAAGAAGAUGCGAAAAGUAUGAUGAAGACGCGAGGUCUGCUGUUCUGGGAAGUUCUCGAGAGGAAUGUCAAGGAAGAGGUUACCAAGUUCCGGCUCUACAAGAAGGGUCUUGGGACGGGGACGAGCCCCGAGGACCAGGGAUGGACCCAGCUCCUACUUUGCAAUCCUUGCGGUCUCUGGCUUCACAAGUGUAAGAGUAUGCGUCCGGAGAAUCGAUGGAACCGGCAGCUAUCUGCGUCCGGAACCGAUGGCAAGCAGAAGCGUCCAUCUAGGAAUCGCAAGCAGAGUGGUGGUCCCUUGUCCAAGCCCUCUACGCGCACUCGCAGCAAGGCCGUGUCCAUCCGGACUGCGCAGUCAUCUCCCGCCCCGACGGAGGCAUCCUCUGUACAUAAUGACGAGGGCGCUACUCCUAACGUGGAGAAUGAUGCGGACCAGGGCCAGGAUCAGGAUCAAGCCCAAGACGUGGACGAUGAAGCAGAGUAUCCCAACAAGCGGCGUCGCGCAAAUAGCGCUGAGCCUCCACGAUCUAGCGAGAAACCUCGCUGGGACCAGCAGGAAGCCAUCGAGGCCCUACGGCUUGCUAUUCAAUCCAGCCCAGCCAGGAACAUUGAGAAUCGCAACUUCCCUGCCCCGGAUGAGACCAAGCUGACCCCCAAGCCUGUGCGCCGCGCUCUGUUUGGAUCUUCCCAGAAGGAAGGGCCCUUGAAGGAGCUCGGUUCUUCGUUCAUGAACAGCUGCUCACCUCGUCGCAGUCCUCGUCUGAGCAAGGGUGAGAAGCAGGUCCAGGCGAAGGAAAACUCGGCGCCUACGCCCCAGGAUGAAAUUGACGAUCUCUUCGAGGCCCCUUCUCUGGACUUUGAUCUCCCAGUCAGCCCUACUCCUCGACGUCGCCACACUCGCCCUGCUGCAUUGCACGAGAGACGCCACUCGCUGCCCGGCAACUCCCCUACUGCCAACAGGCGGAAGGAUAUUGGAGUGCCUACGACCGCCGCUCGCCUGACCGCUGAACGACUGCAACGCAUCCAGGAUGAGCCAGAGAAUUCUCCCCGCUCUGCUCGCUCUCAGAGUCGGUCCCCUACCAAGCAGGGCGUCCCCGCACUGCCUGAUACUGGUCUACACUCUGAAUCCUUCACGCCUCUGGAUGGCAUGAUCCUCGACAUUUUCGAGGAAGCCCCCGACGAUCCUACCCCUUUCCAACUCGAGAAUGAUAAGUUCUCGGGCAACAACUGGGCGGAUUGGCUCCCCUCUGAUUACGUCUCCCCCACCGCGUCCGAUGAAGAGAACAAUCCCUCGGACGACCUCAUCAAUGCAAUUCUUUCGGAUCCGGCUAUCCUGAAAGAGAACCUACACAACUCCGAAUUCAACCCCUUCAACUUUGACGGGAACGUCGUCCCGGACUCGGGCUUCUUCAGCUCCGAUGCCCUCCAAACAGACCCCGUGGGUCUGGUCACUAUCACCGCCACUGCCACCAAGCUUCCCAAGGAGCGUGGCCAGGCAGCCAACUCUCCCGCAUAA